GGGUUAUAAAGAGAGCGGUAAAGAGUAGAGAGAGACAGAGAGAGGAAGAGAGAGACAGAGAGAGGAAGAGAGAGAGCAGGCUGAGAGAGAGAGUGAAGAGCGUUUGGUUUCCGUUUAUUCUGUUAAUAUAUGUGUGUACCAGCAUGGUGUCGGACCAAGAAAUAGCGGAAGGUGUGGAGACUGUUCUCCGUCAAUCAGGCCCUAACGACGUCACCUCCGUAAACGGUGUCGUUCAGCAGCUCGAGGCCAAGCUAGGGUUAGACCUGUCCCACAAGGCUGGCUUCAUUCGGGACCAGAUCAGCUUCCUCCUCCGCCCGUACGCCCAACCGCAACCCCAACACCAACCUCCGAAAGACCAUUUUGCCCUCCACACCAACCCCCAGCACCAUUACCACCACCAUCCUCAAUUCCUCCCCCAACAAUUUCCUCCCCAUUUUGCCCUCCACCCCCACCACCGCGCCCCCGAGCCCCACAGCUUCCAGCAGCCGCCGCCGCCGCCUCAGCAACUGCGGCCUCAGGCUCAGCUGCAGCCUCCCGCUGUGAAGCACGAGGCCUUGGCGCAGAAUGCCACUAAAGUCGCCCCAGAAACUCCCAAAGAGAGUGCUCCGGCUUCUGGAACCAAGAGAAGAGGUGGGCCAGGGGGUCUUAACAAAGUCUGUGGUGUCUCACCUGAGCUUCAGGCUGUUGUUGGUGAACCGGCCUUGCCAAGGACUGAGAUUGUAAAGCAGCUCUGGGCAUACAUAAGGAAGAACAACCUCCAAGAUCCAAGUAAUAAGAGAAAGAUAAUUUGUGAUGAUGCCUUGCGUGUGGUAUUUGAGACAGACUGUACUGACAUGUUCAAGAUGAAUAAGCUGCUAGCUAAACAUAUUAUACCCCUUGGACCUAACAAGGAGUCAACUCAAGCUAAACGAUUGAAGUUAGAGGCCAAGUCCACCACUGAUAGUACUGAACCUCAACCUCAAGUUCAACCACAACCACAGCCUGGUUCCCCUACUGUAGGAAUAUCUGAAGCACUAGCUAAGUUUUUGGGCUUUGGAGGAAGGGAGAUGCUCCUAUCUAAGGCAAGAAGCCUUGUUUGGGAGUAUGUAAAGGCUAACCGUUUGGAGGAUCCUUUAAAUUCUACGGUGAUAUUAUGUGACGCAAAGCUCCACGAGCUUCUUGGAUGCGAAAGCAUUUCUGCAGUGGGGUUGCACGAGAUGUUAGAUCGCUAUCACUUGUUCAAACAAUUGUGAUUUCUGGUAGUGUUGACUGGUGCAUGGGGACCUUUGCCAUCUGGUCUCUUCUGAUGGUAGAAAAGAUAGGAAAGAAGCUUUUUUUCUUCUUCUUUGUUUAUUUCUUUUUUGUGCAUUGACGUGGUUAGGUGUCUUACAUGUCGUGGUUAUUUAUAUGUAGAAUUGCUAUGUGCUGUGGGUUGAUGGCAAGUUUCUUGGUUUAUGCCAUUGCCCGGUGUUUAGUUCUAUUUAGUUGUCUUCUCCUAACCCAGAAACUGUGACAGAAGAUAAAUGCUCUGUACAGCGUGGAAGGACCCUUUGCAUUUUCUUAGAUGGCUGGCAGUAAGUGUUAGUUUUGACUGCAGCUUUUGUGUGUCUUGUUACAUGGCAGUAAACUCCUCUUUUAACUCCGACUUGCUUUAUUUGCUUUCUGGCUUUGAGAUGGUAAAUAUGUCAGACAUCUAAAAUUGAAUAAUACUGAGUACUGAUGAUGGAGACAGGACUCUGUAUGGGUGGCCUGAAAGUAUGAAAGGUUUCACCAGCAAUACAACAGUCCUUUGCAGAAUGAGCACCUUUUUCUUAUCAAAUUUUCGACUUUACCAUCACACGGUGGAGUGGAGAAGGAAUUGCAAAUUGUUAAUUUGUAUGAAAUUAGUACAUUAAAUCAAAACCCACCAAGGUCUUCCCUGCAGCACCUGCGCCUCGGGUGGGUGAUGGUGGCUUAAUGCAAGACGAGUUUCAGUAAAAUCAGAAUGGCGGCCUUGAUGAGCAGGAGGAGGAAAGCCAACACAAGUCUGUUUGCCUUGCCCUUGAACACUACAUUGAACCCAAUCUUAUCCAGUACAGCCGUCAUAAUUCCCAUGAGUUUCUGCACAAGUGAUAUAUAAGAAGACAAAGAAAACAGCAAUAAGGGGCACAUUUCUGAAGUGGAAAUAAGAAGUCACAGGCUGCUUGCUUUGCUUACCAGUCUAAGGGGUUCAAUAUGGAGGAGUGGUUCCAUGAACAUCUCCACAUUUCUAAAAGAAAAGAAGAUGUUUAUUAUCAAAACUAAUAAUUCAGACUCAGAGAGAGGGUAUGCAAUUUGAAGCAGUACCUUAACAUCACCUUGCCUUUGUAGAUUUGACAAAUAUGGAAGCUAAAGCCCUUUCCCAGAGGCACAUGCGUUUUUUUC